UGUAUCUAAUGGUAGUGAAUAUUCUUUAGUUAUUGAAAGUUAAUUUUUUUGAACGGUAUUAUCAUAUCUUAUCGUCGAAAUUGGCAGAACAUAAUUGACAAGGUUGAGAAUAUAUGCAGAUACGUCGCAUGCAACUAGUACUUCAGAUUGAAUAAUCAGUUAAUAAACUUAAAACUUAGGAUGGAAAAUAGUUCACAAUUUAAUCCCGAAACGGUCUGCCGUAUUUGCAUGCAAGAGCUUUCUGUGGAAUCAUUAGAAAACAUCUACGCUCCAAUCAAUUCAACGCAAUCUCUUAGUUUAUUUGAUAUGUUAAGUGUUAUAUGUUCAACAGUAUUUAUCAAACGUGAAGACUAUAAAAACAUGGAUAAAUCUACUAGUUUGCCUCAGAGUGCGUGUGCAGAUUGCCGAGAAAAUAUUAUGGCUGCUUACAAACUGCAUAAGAUUUGUAUAGAAACUGAUCACAAGUUGCGACAAAUUUGUUUGAGGAAGCAGAACGAGAUAGUUGAGACUAUCUAUCCAAAAGACUAUCCAGUAGAAAAUUACGAUGUAACAAACAACGUUACAGAAUUAUAUUUGAAGAUCGAACCUGACAUACACCUAGACAAACACGAUGAGUCAUAUUUAGCAAGCUAUACGGAGUUUGGUAUACCGAAGAACAUCGAAGAUGUCGAACAGUUAGGAAAACGGACAAAAACAUUACAACGUAAUAUUUGUAAAAGGGCUUUUAAAAGUAAGAAAAGUUUAUCAGAAAAGCAGACUUGCCCGACGUGUUCCAAAAUAUUUUCCAAUAUGUCUUCUCUGCAAAGACAUAAUCGGAAAUUCCAUUCAGGAAAGACGAUCAAUUUACAAGAAAACGAUUCAGAAUUGUAUUUGAAAGUGGAAUCUGAACUACACCCAGACAAUGUCGAUGAGUCAAAUUUAGCAAGCUGUGAGAACCUUGGUAUACAGAAUCCCGAAACGUCGGAGACAGAAGAGAGGAAAGAAUCUCAUUGCAAUAUCUGUAAAAAGAGUUUUAAAACCAAGAAAAGUUUCAAGAGACAUUGUAGGCAUUUUCAUUCCGAUGAAUCGGAAGUUCUCGACAAUGUACAAAACUCGGACAAGCCGACUUGUCCACUUUGUUCCAAGGUAUUUUCUAAUAUACCUUCUCUGCGAAGACAUCACCGUAAAUUUCAUACCGGGAAGCCGUUCACCUUCCGAGAAAUGCACCAAGAGACUACUCGUGAAUAUGCCUGUACACAAUGUGAGAAGAAGUUUCGUACAUCCGUUGCACUACGCUAUCAUGUUAAGCGCCAUUCAGUCAAUCAUCCUUAUCUGUGUACCAUGUGCGGCAAAGGAUUUAGAGAUAACAGUAACCUAAGACAACACUUCUUACGACACACGGGCAACAAACCUUUCCCUUGCGAGCAGUGCCCUUCCAAAUUUUACACAAAAGCAGAGAAGGAUGCCCAUAUGGUGACGCAUACCGGGGAAAAGCGGUGGGCUUGUGAUAUAUGUGGGUCCAGGUUUACGAUGCGAUACUCGCUCAAGAAACAUAAGAGGAUUCACUCAGGUCAUCGACCACAUGAGUGCGAAUUUUGCAAUCUAAGGUUUGCUGCACCUGAUCACUUGAAAAGACAUAUGAGGAUCCAUACCGGUGAGAGACCUUAUAAGUGUCAGUUUUGCAACCGUUCAUAUUCCCAGUCGAACGAUUUAGUGAAACACAGCCGCACUCAUUUGGGAACUGAUAAUCUCUAUCAAUGCGAUCACUGCGAGGAAAGCUUUCGGCUCUUGACGGAGUUACGAAGUCACUACCAAGUCCAUUUCAAAACGGACGGGAAAGACAACGGUACCGGUGUUAGUCGAGAAUGGGAUUCUACACGGCUGGAGUUCACGAGUGCUAGUAUGUUACGAAAACGUUUCCAAAAGGAGCAGCAACGUAACGAGCAAACUCGUCAGCGCGAAAUCGUCAGUUCUAUUCCAGUUAGUAUCGAUGAAAUUCCUGCAAGCAAAGGUGAUCAGUGUCAAUAA